ACACUCACGUCAAUAUGGUGUACUUUCCAGGCGGCUUUUUCUCAGUGUCGUACAGCAAUAAUGACGUCAUUUCCUCCUGUUAGCACAACUAGGGAACGCUUUCUAGCCCCGAAAAUGAGCUUGUUUUUGCCUAAAUUAACUUGCAAAAAAGACAUAGAUGAAGUUAUCAAAUGCGUAGCAGAGAAAGUCGUAGUUUUAAGGUUUGGGAGAGACGAAGACUCGAUUUGUCUCCAGCUCGAUGAGAUUCUGUCAAAAACGGCACAUGGCCUAAGCAACAUGGCGUCCAUCUACAUUGUUGAUGUGGAUAAAGCUCCCGUCUACACAAGAUACUUUGACAUCAGUUACAUCCCCUCCACUGUUUUCUUUUUCAACGGACAGCACAUGAAAGUGGAUUAUGGCUCCCCAGAUCACACCAAGUUUGUCGGCAGCUUCAAGACCAAGCAAGAUUUUAUGGAUCUGAUUGAAGUCAUAUACAGAGGAGCUAUGCGUGGCAAGAUGAUUGUCCAGAGUCCCAUAGAUCCUCAAAAUAUUCCCAAAUAUGAUCUCCUCUACCAUGGGAUUUAAAAUCAACUCCUCCACUUUGCAGCCUUAUUUCCUUCUGUGUGGCAUCAACCACGUCUGGUUGAUUGACUGACAAAAAUAGCUUUAAUUUCAAGCAACCAUCUGAAGAAGGUUUGAUAUUAAAGCAUAUCAUGUACAUUUUCAUAUGGCAAAUGACAAAGUACAUUGCUCUUUAUGCCUUUUCCUCUUGCUAUGUUUGAGGUUUUGUUUGCUCUAACGCGCGUGUCCUGCACACAUUCCAGCCGGUUUCAGUAUUAACAUGUUAAAUUUCAAAAAACCACACUAAUGGGAAGUCACUGUGAGACAGUGGAAAGAAGACUGCAAGCCAGUAAAGAUGGAUGUAAACAAAACAGAUUUCCAACUUUUAAGAAAAAGGAAAGAAAAUGCAUUAAAUAUGUUUGUUAGACCUAAAAAAAACACAGUUCGUCUUGCUAAUGAACACAGACUGUAAACACAAACCUUUGUUUGUUCACAAUAAAACUCCAACGGGCACCUUUUUUUUGAAAUACAGUUGCUUCCAAUACCAUAACUAUACAAAGAUGGACUAUGCAUCUCCACUUCCUCCCACAGUACAAAAGUGAAGCCAAAAUAUUUCAGAUACGGGCGCUGCCAUCUUGCAAUUUUGGAGCCUGAGGCGGCGCAGUAGUGAUCGGGCGGUGAAGUCACGUUAUCAACAUCUCGCCUGACCAGUUGCAAGUCAAUCAUGACGUUUCACCCUGUUUUUAUAGCAUCAAAUAACUAAUAAAACCUAACUUAUCAGAAAAAUAAACACUUGAACAAACAACGUCAUAAGAACUACCUAAAAUGACAGAAACAAUCUUUGGGGCAAAGAUUGUUUUUUUAGCCCAUGUUGCAUCCACUAACAUGGAGAGGUGGAGGUAUUAUGAGCAGUCGUCCACCAGGUGGCGUUUGAGACAGUUGGCUUCAUUUUUCAAGAGUACAUGGAUGCAGCCUGGAGCGUCCCAUCUCAUCCGACCCAUCUCUCAUUUUUGGGAAUCUGUCAAGCCCUUCAUCUUUAUAUACAGUCUAUGGUCAAGACUGGAUGGUUGGAAAGACUGAGACUGACAUUUUAGACUUAAACUUUUUAAAGACAGGACACACAAUGAAAUUGGCUUUGUUGAAGUUCCCAAAGUCAGAUUUAUUAACAGCAAGACAUUUUUAUCAAUAAAAAUUAAUUUGAUAUUUCCAAAAAAACAACUUUUGUCUCACGUUUGAUAAAGACAAUGUGAGUUUUGUGAAGGUUCUGCAACUGUAUACUGAAUUUAUUUUUUGUAAAAAAGCAGUGUCAUCUUGAUGUUUCCCAUGGAAAAGAGCUGUAUAUCAUCAGCGAUAGCUAGAUUAGAUAGAUAUGAUUAAUGUAAUGUACAUGCUCUUUUUUGUAAUAAACUUUUAUAUUUUA